UCGCCGUCUGGUUGCAAGUUCACUCCCGCGCGCCGCUAUGUUUCCAGCGGCCGCCGCCAGGAGACGGUCAGCCUUGUCUUGCGCUGCGGUAGGAGUCCUGACUCGUCUUGGCUUCCUCAUCUCACCGAGCUCAGUCGUGCGCCAGACAUCAUGGAGGAAGGAUGUCGUACCUUUGUGUUUGCGGAAUGACCGACACGACUUGCCGCGUGAACAAAACUACAAGAAAACUUUUUGUCAAGGACGUUUUACUAGACUGAAGGACCGGACGUGUACACUCCUUAGAUGUAGUGGACGAGGCUACGUGGGUGUUGACGGGCAUUACUAUAACGACUGUGAUAUACUUUAAAAGUCAUUAGUUACUCUAGAUUCAUCUUUAAGCUUGACAAUACUACAUGAGUGACAUUCACGGUGCAAUACCCAAUCGCUGUGACAAGUUGAGCUUACUGCCGACUAACUGACGAAACGCUGACGAAGGCAAGCUGUCUUAUUCCUGACGACACGCCUGACGGUGACACGAGACACGCACGUGGUAGCGCGUUAAUCAUCUGUAGUAACUUGGCAGGUGCCCCUGAUACCCCAAGGAGAGGAGGGACGCCGGGCCGUCUCACAGGUAUCAUCAGCAGCGUUCCGUCCAGCGGUGUCUCGAGGCCAUGCAGGCGUGACGCGGGGUGCGUGCCUGAGGGCGAGGUGCUGUAAGAUUAAGCAUAAGUGAAGCGAGGGACGCAGCCAUGAUUGAAAAGACUGAAAAAAGUGACUCUGACUCGAGCAGCAGCAGUGGCAGCGGCAGCCACAGCCGCAGCCGCAGCCGCGGUGGCAUGAGGGUGAACGUGAUGUACCGUGGCAAGCUGUACCGCGUGCGGGGCGUCAAGGUGCUCGUGUCCGUCGUUACCGCCGUCAUCCUCCUCCUUGUUGCCAUCGUCAGCCUCGGCGUCUGGAUGUUGGUCAGUGCCUACGCCGAGGAAAAGACCACGGCCUCCCUUGGCGACGCCAACGCCACGGCGCCAUCGCCCGGCACAACCGCCGCCCACCACGAGUCCUCCACUCCCUUCACGAUAGAUUUCAAUGCCCCGAGUGCCACCCUGGACGAGGCCUCCUUCCCGACGCUGGUCGUCAACACCCACGCCAGCGAGCGCACGCCCGCUGGCACACAGCUGCCCAGCAGUGAGACGCCGCCCGUCAGCGAGAGUCUUCCUAACGACGCCGUCGAAGUGAGUGAGGCCGUCGGCCACUUUCAGGGUUUGACGCCGCAGAAAAAUAUCACAUCAACGUCCUCCCGCUCUCCUGGGCCUGACCCAAUCUUGGGUAUCUUCAACGGCGUGCCGGACUUGGCCGAGGAGGGCACGUCGUCUGUCGAGGCUCCGGUACCCCCGGUGGAGGACAGCUUCAUCGAGUUCUCAGAGAACAGACCCGUCAUCGCCCUCCCGCCGCCCCCAGACAGCGUCGACCCCGGCGGCGUCCCGGCGGCCUAUGAGGUGAACACCUACCCGUGGGUGGAGCAAGGUCAGCCUGACGCCCCCCCGCGCUACCCUCUGCAGGGAGGCCUACCGGACAACAUCCCAAGGGACAUUGACCCCGUGCUGCUGGACAUGGGGCUGCCCUUCCCCUACCCGCCAUCCUUGGCCACCAGGGCACCCCUCCCUUACGCCACCUCGCCCCUCCCCAGGCGUCCCAGCCGCCCCCGUUACCGCGUGCCGGCGGCCACGCGUCGAGGACAACAGGUUUCUGAGCCCCACGAGGAGCACCACAACCCCGAGGCCCCGCCCCGCGGCGAGGAGCGCCAGGGUCACGAGGCAAACCGCCCUGCGUAUACGGCAGCGCCCCGCUCCCCUGACGUGCCCUCCAGCCCCAGCAGGACACAGCCAGACACCUUCCCGCGGCCAGGCGGCCAUAACUACCCUGACCUCGAAAAGUUUAUCCACAGCGAAGGGAGUCACGUGCCCGCCGGCUUCACGCUGCCACCGGGAAUGACUCUCCCUCCCGGAUUGUCGAUGCCAGUAGACGUUGCCUCAGCCGGAGAUUUGAUUGACCUAAGGGAGGCUGCUGAGGAACAGCUGAGAUUCAGGGCCACGGGUCCUGGCAGCCUGAGGGAGGCUGCCGAGGAACACCUGAAGGUCAUACCCAUGGGUCCCAGCAGCUACCUGGAGGACAUGAUGUACUACUACAACAAACACGAAAGAAAGAGACCGCCUACACCUGCCCCUGCCCCCCCGCCGCCCACGAGAAGCAACACUCGCUACAGCCAGAGGAAGGGCCUGACGGCGGAGGAGACUGCUCAGGAAUACUUGGGGCCUCCGGUUGUCGGCUACGGCGACAGUCCUUACAGGAAGCAUCUCGGAGGCCGCCGCCCCACUGACCCCGCCUUCCAGUACUUCUGGGACAUGUAUGGCCACGACGGGUCACCCCCCGCCGAGCACGAAGACCGCGGCCCCGUGCCCGAGGAGACUGGCCGCGUGCCGGGGCGGGGCGCGCCGCCUCCAGGAAGCCGAUCUCCUAUGGGUGAGUAUCGGCCACCGCCUCAUGAACAACGCCAGCCACAUACACCCGAGACUCGUUUUGGCCCUUCUCCUCCUGGGGCUCCCGCCCCUCAGCACCCCCAGCCCAUGGUGCGGGGCGGACAGCCGCACCCCGUCAGGCCAGACGCCCAGAGACCCCCUGUCUCGCAGCCCGCUGAGCACCGCCCAACCCAACACCCCACCAAGCACCAGCACCAUAUUCAUCGCCGCCCCAUCCAGCACCACGUUCAGCACCACUCCCAGCACCCUCUCCAACACUCUCCUGACCGUCGGCUGUGGGUGGGUCCCGGUCCCCGCCAGUCAGAAGUGCCCAGCUCUAGUUUGUCGGGGGGCCCCAGCCCACGCCCGGGGCCCUCACCGCCGCCCAACCAUCGGCCCUUCCUGGGUCCACUGUACGACAUGUACGAGUAUUCCAAGAAGUUGGCGACCACGCUGCUCAGCUUCCCGUCUGGCGGCGGCCGCCACAACAGCUCGAGGGAGGAGUAUAUGAUGAACGAGAAGGAGAUACUCGAAGACUACAACCGCGUCUUCCAAAACCCUAACACCACCAGCGCCGACGUGCUGCCCGACAUGUUUGACGACAGGCCAAGCAGGAACGAGCGGGUCAUGCUGCUCGACUCCAGCAAGCUGAACUCCCUCAGCCCCUUCGAGAUGUCCCUCGUCACCUGGACCUUCCUCGACUUCUGGGAAUUCCUCAUCGAGCAGGUGGGCACGCUCUCGGAGGGGGACCUGGAGCUGCUGGAGCAAAAGCUAGAUCGUCUGCGGGUCAAGAAGGACAGAGUCAUGACCAGAAGCUUCAUGACCGCUACCGUCAAUCACCAAGUGGCUCAGGAGUCAGGCAGAAGCCUCAAAGACUCGGCUAGAACCAUCGCCUUGGCGGAGGAGCUGCUCAAGUCAGUGGAGAAGGAGGAGGAGGAAAAGGAGGAAAAGAGGGAGAAGGAGGAGGAAAAAUCAGUGGAGGGAGAGGAGACGGGACGCAUGUGGGACCCGCUUGGGGUGUUCGAGUCCAACCAGAAGGUCAAGUUCAUGGAGUUUGCCAUCAAAGUGUUGUUCAGGUUCGGGCGUGUGUACCUGAAGAAGGCCUACGCGCUGGACUGCAUGAUGCUGCUCUUCUGCAAGGACCUCAACGCGGACUCCAAGAGGGCGGGGAUGGACGGCACGGCGGCCAAGAUAAAGAGCGUGGGCCUGAAGGUGCUGACGGAGAAGGACGCCCGCCAGAUGGACACCAUGGGAGAGAUCUGGCGCGCCCUCACAAACUGGCAGACCCUUCAGUGCGAGAUCAUGUUCCCCAGGUGUGACGGCCCCAGGGCUCUGGAGAUUGUCAACGACGUGGCUGUGGGCGCCCGCCGCAAGUAGACCCCCUCAAGGUUACUUCGCCCUGUGUUGUAGUACCUUUGUAUCCUCCUUCGCCCCCCCUCCCCCUCCCCCCUCCCCCCUCCUCCUCCACAACAUCGCUAGGAGAAACUCAGCAGGAAGCCCCGUCAGAAAGCCCCUCCCUCCUCCUCCUCCUGAACAUGUGCACUCUUCCUCCUUUUCCUCCUGCGAGCACACAUACUCCUUCCUCCUACUCCUUCUUCUCUGCACCGUCAGGAGGAACAUUGCUAAAAAAAACACAAGAACCCCUCCCUCUCCUCCCUCCCUCCCUCCCGAAGACUUGACCAGACGGAGAGGCUGAAGAAGGAAAAAAAUAUCAGAAGCUACACACCAAGGCAGAUUACGCUAUUCCCCGACCCUCCCGCCCUCUUGAUCGCAUUCCCUACGAUAGACUAAAAAAAAAAAUAGUUUUAUAUAGUUUGUUUUCACUUAACUUCGCAUGACUCAAAGGGGCGAUGUAAGCCUGAAAACCACGUACUAGGCAAUACUCUUCUUCUUAUCGUUGCCGUUACGUGAAUAUCGAGAGUUUAGUAAGUGUCUGUAUGUUCUUAUUAGUAUUCUCUUGUUGUUUAUACGAUUCAUGGCGGGUUAGGCGGCUGUAGUAAUCCUCUAAUUCAUUAACACUUAUCUCCCUACUACGGAAUCCUCUUACGUGAACUGCUACUCUUGAGAUGAGGUAUAGUUAGGUCACUCCCUCAUUAGUAUGUAUAUUCGUAAGUCUUUCUUUAGUCGGAGCAGCGGCGGGGAGCACUUCUUUGGCGGCACCCACACGCUAACACUCACCCAAGGAACUGAGUAAAUAAUAACACUAACAAGAUUAAUAACGGUAAUAAUGUGCAUCGCUUCGGGAUUCACCUUUAUUUACACUCAAACUCAUAUUCCCCAAGUAAACAAAAGCAUAACGGUCACAAGACUUCAACAAACGCCUCUAUCACCAUUCGUCUCUGGCUUUGUGAUCCCGUUGCAAAGCCUUCACUAACGCUUCAGUCACUCACAAGACGAGCUCUGAACCCAUGCAGCGAGAAACCCAAAGAGGUAAUCAAGGCGGGUCACUGCUCACUACCACUACUGCCUCUGUUCUUGCUUCUUCUGCUGCUGCUGCUACCUAGAACCAGUGACAAGUUUAACACAUAUAUUAAACAUUGUCCUGAGGAAGCAGUUAGCGGCAUAUUCUUAGCCUCAAUGGAGCGUCGUUCUCGGUAUUGAUAUCACGGGGAGGCGAUGUUAGUAAUCUCAUUGUUAAAGUUGAGUUAUAUGCGUGAUAACCGUGACUCCUGUUCUCCAAGUUGCUCCGUUUAUACUCUACGGAGCGGCGUUUCCAGUUUUCAUAUCCUGGAGACGACAAACGUGUUAUCAGCUAACUCAAUCCUACAGUCGGUGAGCUAAACGUGACUAAUCUGAGUCAGCGUUUAAUUCUUGAGGUGAAUCGAACUUCAGCAAGUCAGGAAGUCAGACAAGAACAUCGUGAGUCAGUCAAGCAUGUUAAGAGUCAAACGUUAUUAUCAUGAGGCAAGAAAAGGAGAUGAAGAGUCCAAAGGUAUUUUCGUAUUCUCUCCCCAAGUCGUAAAAAGAAGCGUUGUGAUCGUGAUUCAUGUCCCGUUUUAACACCCCUGCGUCUUCAGUCUUGGGCACCGUUGCCAGAUUAUCGUACUCAGAGCAUAGUAUUUACCGGUUUCUGACGCCUAACUAUUGCCAAGAAACAUCAGGAAUUAACUAUUUGAACGAUAAUUAUAAGUGAAUCUCCUUAUUGGGGUCCACGAGACAGUUUUUGGGUCAGAAGUCGGUAAAUAUAAGAGGCUGAGUAAGAUAAUCUGGCCACGUUGGUCUUGGGCCGAAUCUAUCUUGGUGUGAGUCAGUCUUUGGUGAGUCAGUCUUGGUGUGGGUCUAGCUUCGUGUGGGCCGCCUUCAGUAGUGUCCCUCGCCGCCUCCUGCUGCCGGUGCGCCUCGACGGUCAUCCCGCCACAAAACCUUUACUCAACUCUGUACAAAUGGCCGAAUGUGAGACUUAGACGGCGCUGGAGACUUCGAGGCCAGCCAGGGGCGAGGACCAGACCUUUGAGACCACUCCUGUGACCACUGUAGAAAUGUGAACACCUCCCUCCACCCCUCCAAUCCUUCCUCCCUCCAUCCCCCCAUCCCCUGCCAUCCCCUUCCCCCAGACGCCUCACUGCGGACACGGACGAGUGUGUGUUGUCGCCAGCCAACAGUUUAUUUAUUUCUCUGGAAAGUAUUUAUUUGACCGUAGAUGAACUGUAGAUUGUUGUAGUUGUUGUUGUUGUUGUUAUUGUCAUAGUUGUCCCUUGUUGUUAACUGUAUUGUUGAUAAUAAAAAUGUUUUCUAUGGAA